AAAGGCCCAAGGACGUGACAGCGCAGGUGAUCCGUGAGCGUCCGUGUCGCCAUCAUGUUCUACAUGCACGUCUUCAUGAACAAGCGUGGGCCCCUGGCCAAAAUAUGGCUGGCCGCCCACUGGGAGAAGAAGCUCACCAAGGCCCACGUGUUUGAGUGCAAUUUAGAGAGCACUGUCGAGAAGAUCAUCUCACCAAAGUUUGCAGUUGCUCUGCGCACCUCUGGACACUUACUCUUAGGAGUGGUGCGAAUCUACCACAGGAAAGCAAAGUACCUCUUGGCAGACUGUAGCGAAGCUUUGACAAAAAUGAAGACAGCCUUUCGUCCAGGACUUGUUGACCUUCCAGCGGAGAACUUUGAGGCUGCUUAUCAGUCCAUUACAUUACCUGAAGAAUUUCAUGAUUUUGCAGCACCACUCCCUGAAAUAAAUGCCAUUGAUGUUGCUGAACAUUUUACCUUGAAUCAGAGCAGAGCUGAAGACAUCACACUUACAGAGGAUUACGAAAGCAAUAUACUUCUCUGUGAUAGAAACUUUGGCGAGGAACCAGAAACACUAAGAAAACCAAGUUUCUUUGAUGGCAACGUAUUAAUGAGCAGCAAUAGUGUCUUAGCUGAUCACACCUUGGCAAGCCUCAGCGGAGAGAAGUCUGCGCUGUGUGAAGGCACUUACUGCUUCGAGCACGACUGUUUUGGAGAUGAGGAGACUACUGAGGAUAUGAUUGAAAUUCUAUUGAGGGAUGAGAAAAAUGGCCCAGCUAAAGACAUUCUUGAUCUGGAGGAAGAGCUUCCUUUGCCGCCAGAUCUUCCAGAGAACGGUGCAGCUGGUGAGAUUGCAGGUUCUCCUAUGGCAGAUUCCAAUGGUGCAGAUACCAUCGUUCAAGAAGAUGAUCUAAGGAAUGGAACAGCUCUUUGGUCUAAAGAAGAAGGAUUUGUGCUUGAGCCUGUUGAUGAUACAGUGAUCCCCUCGAGGGAAAAAAUUAAGAGGAAAAGGAAAUUACUUGUGGAUGCAAACAAGGAGCUCAGCUGCCAAACUAUCUACAACCAGAUUAACAACUGCAUGGACACUCUCACUACGCUAGACCUCGCGCCCCCAACCAAAAAAACAAUGAUGUGGAAGAAGUCAGGUGGAGUGGAUGUUCUUCUGUGCCACCCCAYGCAACCUUUGAUUAAUGCUGAGCUGCAAAAGUUGUUUGCAAACUGCUUCAAGUAUCGCAAAACUAAGGUGGGAAGAAACGGAAUAGUGAUGGAUUCUGAAAUGGAAGAACCAAGAAAAGAGCAAGAUACAACAGAGAUGCCGAUUAUAGAAGAGCCAAGUUACCUGCAGGAGUCAGCCCAUUCAGAGACUGAGAAAAAAAACAGAAAUGAUUUAUUUAUGUUGGCAUCAGACAAUAGCAGAAAUGCAAUUGAUGAUAAUCUUGAUGAAACUAUACAGGAUAGAGGUGCCUGGUCUGAGAGCUCCUCUCUGGUGAACACCACCCUGGGACAAGGAGCUGAAAGGAAGCAAGCUGAGUUAACAAACCACCUAAUAAGAAACAAUAAAGACAGUGAAGAAAGAAGAUGGAGCAGAAGAACUCUUCAGUUAUUAAAAGCUUUACAGCUCAUGAACAGAUCAGGAGUGAAUUCCUUCAGUUUACUGAAGCUUUGCCAGAAAAACAGUCGGAAAGAAGCUGCCGACAAGUUCUACAUCUUUCUUGUUCUGAAGAAACAGUUGGUUAUUGAUCUUGCUCAAAGUGCUCCUUUUGCUGACAUCAUAGCAACUGUAGGCCCCAAGUUCAAUGCCCUCUGAAAUCAUGUAAUAUCCAGAUAAGCUAACUAAAAAUCUUAGUUUUUCAGAAAUUCCUUCUAAGUUUUUCAGAAAUUCCUUUUGGCAAGUGCAAGUCUUGCCAAAACACUACGGACUAAGCAGAACCCUCCUUUAGUUGUCUGUCCCCUCAGGACUGCAAAGUAACUAAACUUGUGCAGAUGUGCUGCGUCAGUACAGGUCAGCAAGGAGUUCCUUAUUAUGUUUAUUUUUAACAUAUGUGUUCAUAUAAUAAAUGGUUAAAUAGUCUGUUAAUAAAUGAUAGUUAGAAACAGAUAUUCCACACAAGAUUUACACUGUUAAGGUUUUUAUGAAAGUUCUAUAAAACCUUUCUUAGGAUCCAGUUUUGGAGACUGUUUUUUAAACAAUCUCCGCUAUUAUUAUUUUGAUAAAAGACCCGUAAAGGAGCUGUUAUGAACAAUUUUGCAGCGCUGUGGAAUAAUACUGAAGCUUUUGUUAGAGAUCUCAGGCUAUGCAAACAUAGAAAUAUUGAUGUUUAAUGGUCUAUGCAGUCGUUUCACCUCAUGCAGAUGCCCAACUCAAACAUGUUUCUAAAGCCUCAUGUCAUUUAGUGAAGGCAAAAUGUG